AUGGUCGACAUGCACGACAACGUCUUGGCUCGCAAUGGAGACGCUGGAAGGGAUCACAUACCCGCAGUCCCGUUCUGGAUGGCGAUUAUUCGCGCUUUCCAAUUUCUCUUGGCACUUCUCGUCACGGCCCUCUCUGCAUUCGCUUCCUCGGUGUUUGGCGCCGCCUUUUUUCCCGGAUAUGGCAUGAACUUUUUCGUCUUCGCAUGGACCUUGAUUUUCUUCGGAUAUAUCCUCGCCGCUCCUCUGUUCUUCCCGGAAGCGUAUAACUACUGGGCUCACCUCGGCCUCGAAAUCACGACCAACAUUUUCUGGCUCACAACAUUCGCGCUUCUCGCCGAAGAAGCAGCUGGCUGGAGCAUUGUAGGCGAUUUCGGACUCGAUACCUUACUGCCCGGGAACUGGAACGCCGCCAUCGGAGCCACCAAAGCAGGCGCCGCACUGGGGGCCAUCAACUGGGCUCUCUUCAUCGCUACGCUCAUCUCAUUUGGCAUCUUCCUCCACCAACACCGCCUGGCACACGGUUCCGCAGGCUUCGGAGGCAACCGCGCACCUGCCGACACCGAGAAAAACAACACCGUUGUCACCACCCAACCCGUCGAACUGAACCAGGUCCCGCAACAGCAGAGCUAUCCGGCCCCUGCUGCUUAG